GAUCACUAAGGAGGCCUACAUGUGAUUGUAAACGUUUCUUUGAAACCUUUUUGAAGUUUAAGCUGCUAAAUCCUAAAUUUUAAACCAUGAGUUUAGUUUUAGAAUUUGUUGAUGCUCUUAAGAGGCAUGAUCCUUCAGCAAUUGGGAUUUUAGUGGCUGUACUCGUAGGCAUACUAACUAUAGGUUUGCUGUUUUAUCUAAAAAGUACAAGAAGUGGCAGAAGCAGUGUCCUCCUGCUGGGAAUUUGUGGAGCAGGGAAAACUCUCCUCUUUACUUGGUUGACACAUGGUAAAUUUAAAGAAACAUACACAUCGAUAAAGACGAACCAUGGUAACUACACAGCAGGCUUAAAGAAUAAACAGGUGAAGAUCGUUGACUUGCCUGGACAUGAACGUCUUCGGAAUCAAAGUUUAGAGGAAAACAAAUCUCAAGCAAGAGCUGUUGUGUUUGUUAUUGACAGUCUGACAUUUCAGAAAGAAAUCAAAGAUGUGGCAGAAUUCCUGUACACCGUGUUAAGUGACAACACUGUAUUGAGCCGCUCCCUGCCAAUAUUAAUAGCCUGCAACAAGCAGGAUCAGACAUUAGCUAAGGGGUCAAAGGUCAUACAGAGUAAUCUGGAAAAAGAAAUGAAUACAUUGCGGGUAACCAAGGCGGCUGCACUGCAGGGCACCGACAACACGUCCAACAACAACUCGUACCUGGGAAAGAGGAACAAACCCUUUGAGUUCUCCGACCUCAAACCCAUGUCCAUCGAGUUUGUCGAGUGCAGCAUCCACGGGAAAACUGACGAGGAGGCAGAUUUUAGCACCAUAACGAGGUGGCUCGACAGAGUGGCUUAAUAGAUGUUGGGAAAUCAUUAUUUAAUUUAAAAACAGUGGCUAAAAUCUCAAAACUUGGCUUAGGGCAAAUCACUAUUUAACUUAAUAGAGUGGCUAAAAUAGCAGAUGUUGGGAAAUCACUAUUUAACUUAACAGUAGCUAAAAUCUCAAAUGUUGGGAUAUGGAAAAUCACUAUUUAACUUAAUUGGAUAAAACAGUAAAUGUUGGGUUUAAGGAAAUCACUAUUUAACUUAACAGAGUGGAUAAGAUCUGAGAUGUUGGGAGAAGGGAAAUCACCAUGUGACUUAACAAGAGUGGACCAUUUCUCCGAUGUUGGCAUAAAGGAAAUAAAAUACAUAAAUUGACUCAUGACAUUGGCUUAAUUUUAGAUGUUAGAAUAAAUGAAAUGACUCUCCGACAUGUAUCAUUGGCUUAACUUUGAAUGUUAAAUGUCUUGGAUCUUGAAAUAACAGUUUAACUUAACAGAGUGACUAACUCAGAGAAGGCAGACUCCGUGUAAUGGCUAUAUAUCAGGGGUGGGAAUUCUCCUCGGAUCAGCUGUUUUCCUCUCAUGGAACAUUGCAUUUCCUCACAUUUUAAUUGUCCUUUCCUCCAAAAUGUGUCAGAUGGCACAGAUUUUAACCUAGGAUUUCAAGAAUUUCCGGGACCCCUCUAGAUUUCCUCUUUUUUACAGUUCACCAAUUCCCACCCCUGAUAUUUACACAAGUUUAACUGGCUUAAUGUCGGUGUUCUAAUUCACAGACAUCGAAAUAAGAAUACAGUGCCUGGCAACCCAGGUCAUGUUUACGAAGUUUACAGUUCCAUUAUCAUUCAUUCGUAAACGUAGGCCUACUUGUUUUUUAUUCAUUUAUAUCACUGUUCUCGUUUUACUGAUACAAGUCUGUGUCAUUUCAGAGCUUGCUCAGGCACUUGCCAAAUUCGCCAGUUGCAAAAAUUUAAAAACAAUAGGCGAAUUUUAUUUUAAUAAGUUGGUGAAAUAAUUUCAUGUAAUAAUUGAUAUUUUGUAGGAAAAUAACUGAAAUAAUUUCAUGUAAUAAUUGAUAUUUUGUAGAAAAAUAACUGGUUUCCUGCAGUUUUUGACAUUUAAUAGAUAAUUCGUUGAAAUGAUUUCAUGUAAAAAUUGAUAUUUUCGUUGCAAAAUAACUAUUCCUGCAGCUUUUGAAAUUUAAUUCAGAGCAAAUUGCUAAAAAUGUAGGUGGUGGUGUUUUGUGGAGAAUGAAAUACUGUUCUUGACUUUCUUGACACAUGGUAACCUCUUAGCAGGGCUCGAAACGGCCUGUCCUGUUUGGGCAACUUAAAUAUAAAAAAAAUAAUGGUGUUAGUUGACCAAGUAAUAUUAUUUGGGCGAUCUUCUUUAGAGCCAUAACAUAUGAGCCACGAUUAAUAUUUGUAUUGCAUAUAUUAUUCCACAUUAAAAUUUUGCUCGUGGUUCACUUAUUAUAAUUUGCCAACAUCCAUUAUUAUUUUUUGGGCCACCAUAUUUUUUGGCGAGUUUCGAGCCGUCUUGGUAAUCUGAACGAUGGUUCACGACUUACUGCAGUGCCUGAAUGGAGACAUUAGGAUAAAGAAAAGAAACUGGUUGGCUUCACAAAGUGAUUUUUUUUGGGGGGGACGUUGAGAUAAUCAAAAUAACUAACCUGACAACAUGGUCCGAUGUUGAAAAUUUGUUUCAAGAAUUCUGUCAUGUGAAAAGUGUUCAUCACAAUAAAUUUAAGAAACAGACAUUUGAAA